AUGGAUACCACUGUAACACUUUCAAAAAUAGUAGAUACGGAAGGGACACAUGUUCAGAACGAAUUCUAUCGCUUCAUAAAUGAAUUCGAGGAUGAUAAUAAAGUACAGAUCUACAGAAAAGAGAUCCCAAAUCUAUAUCAUUCGGAGCGUAAUACCUUAUUCAUCAAAUUUGACGAUCUUUUUUCCUUUAGCAAUACUCUUGCAUCGGCACUUGAAUUACAGUUCUAUCGGCUUUAUCCAUUUCUAUGUAAAGCAUUGCAUUUGAAUGUUAUGGAUAGCUGUAGUGAUGUGGAUAUCAAGCAGAGGGUACGAAAAAAAGAAUUUUAUGUCAGUAUUGGACAAAUUAGAAAUAAGCUCAGAGUUCGUGAGUUAACAGCGAGUAAAAUUGGAGCAUUGACCUGUAUUUCGGGACAAGUAGUGCGAACACAUCCAGUGCAUCCCGAGCUUCACAAAGGUGUUUUUGUCUGCAAUGAUUGUGGAGCGAAAAUAAGAAAUGUUGAGCAGCAGUUUCGUUACACACCGCCUUCGCAGUGUUCAAAUCAACAAUGUAGCAAUGGUAAUCGUUUUGAAUUGGAUAUAUAUGAAUCUUCAUUCAUUGAUUUUCAGAAAAUACGCAUGCAAGAGACUCAAACAGAAUUGCCCCGAGGUUGUAUACCGCUGAGCUUAGAUGUAAUAUUGCGCGGUGAACUUGUUGAAACUAUUCAGCCUGGUGAUCGCUGUGAUUUUGUUGGAACAUUGAUUGUUAUUCCAGAUGUAGCACAGCUGAGUUCUCCAGGCAUUCGAGCACAAACUACUAAAGGCAAUCGACGUCCUGGUCUGGGAAAUGAUCAAGAGGGAGUUACGGGUCUGAAAGCUCUGGGAGUAAGAGAAAUGAAUUAUAAACUAGCAUUCCUCGCAUGUAACGUUACUGCCUCAACUCCAUCGUUCGGAAGUCGAGUCAUAGCUCGAGAAGAUUUAGAUCACAAUGAGUUGUGGGCGCAAUUAUCAGAAAGCGAAAAGAAAGUUAUGCGUGAGAUGAGUGAGGACAAAUUAAUUGUACAAAAUCUCAUUAACAGUUUAUUUCCAGACAUUUAUGGAAAUGAUGAGGUGAAGUUGGGAGUGCUUCUGAUGUUAUUUGGAGGUGUUCAAAAACGAAGCGAGGGAGAAGGAACUACUUUACGUGGCGAUAUCAACGUCUGUUUGAUUGGUGAUCCAAGUACAGCAAAAAGUCAGAUUCUUAAGACUGUGGAACAUUUUUCUCCUAGAGCAGUCUAUACAUCGGGUAAAGCGUCAUCUGCUGCUGGUUUAACGGCAGCAGUUGUGAAAGAUGAAGAGUCAUUUGAGUUUGUUAUUGAAGCUGGUGCUUUAAUGCUUGCCGAUAAUGGUGUUUGCUGUAUUGAUGAAUUUGAUAAAAUGGAUAUCAAAGAUCAGGUUGCAAUUCACGAAGCAAUGGAGCAACAAACUAUAUCAAUUACGAAGGCCGGAGUAAAAGCGACACUGAAUGCUCGUGCUUCAAUUUUGGCUGCAGCUAAUCCAGUUGGUGGCCGUUAUGAUCGUUCAAGACCAUUAAAAAACAAUAUUCAGCUUUCUGCCCCCAUUAUGUCUAGAUUCGAUCUUUUCUUCGUUUUAGUUGAUGAGUGCAAUGAGAUCGUCGAUUACGCUAUUGCCCGUCGUAUACUGGACACUCACCAUCAUUUAGCAACACAAGAAAAAAUACAGACUGUUUAUAGCUUGGAUGAUAUCCAACGAUAUAUCACUUUUGCUCGUUGUUUCAAACCAAAGAUUAGUGAUGCUGCUGCGUUGCUUCUCGUGUCUGAAUAUAAACGUUUGCGCAUGAGUGAUAGCAACAUCUCCGCUACUUCAUCAUGGAGAAUAACUGUACGGCAACUGGAAUCAUUGAUACGUCUUUCUGAAGCUCUAGCUAGACUGCAUUGUGAAGGCGAAGUUAAAGUAGAACACGUCCAUGAAGCUUCAAAACUGCUAAGCAAGUCAAUAGUGCGUAUCGAGCAACCCGAUAUUGUCUUACAUGAUGACGAUGAUGCGAUUUUGGAAGCAGAAAUGAACGUUGGAGUUGGCCCAAGUUCUGAAAAUGUCUUGCAUGAACAUACUCAAGAAACAGAACCUCAUGAUGAAAGAAUCAAAAAAAUUGAUUCAGGAAAGCUUAAAAUCAAGUUUGAACUUUAUAAGCAAAUAGCUGAUAUGCUGGUGCUGCAUAUUAGACAUGAUGAAGAAACUGAAGAAGAUUCUGAAAACUGGGAAGGUGUUCGCCAGUCACAACUUGUUCAAUGGUAUUUGGAUAUGAUGGAAGAAAGUAUUGAUUCGGAAGAAGAAUACAAUCGUCAGAAAACCAUUUGUGAGCGCGUUAUAAGGCGUCUUAUAACGGAUGACAAUAUUUUAAUUCAGUUAAAUGCAGAGACCGACGAGGAUCCUAUUGUAGUUGUUCAUCCCAAUUAUGUUAUCAGCGAUGAAUGA